UAAUAAAUUAAUUCAAGUAAAAUUAUUUUGGGUGUAAGAUGAUGAAGAAGGAGCUCUGUGAUUAUCAGAAGACUGUGAAGUGAGAAAGAAGAACACUUCCGCCAUUGUUAUGUACAAGAAAACCUUAUGUCAACUUCAAAAGCACUUGACUUUAACUUCUUCACCACAUUUCAAAUCACCACACUCAAAUUCCCCAAAUUUGUUGAAACAAUUUCUGAACUUUCCAAGCACCGAAAUAGCUUUGCAAGCUUGUUGUGACCAUGGUCUUGUUCGUCAAGGCAAGCAAGUUCAUGCUCAGUUGGUUGUUAAUGGCGGGACAAAAAACAAUCUUUUGGGUACUAAGCUUUUGGCAAUGUAUGUUUUGUGUGGAAGCUUUUUACAUGCUAAAAAUGUGUUUUUUAGAUACCUCGAAUUGGGUUUUGCCUCACCUUGGAAUUGGAUGAUUAGAGGGUUUACUAAUCAGGGUUUGUUUAAUUAUGCUUUGAGAUUUUAUUUCAAGAUGUUGGGUUAUGGAAUUUCACCUGAUAAGUAUACUUUUCCUCCAUUGAUUAAAGCUUGUGGUGGUUUGAAUAAUUUAGGGUUGAUUAAACAUGUUCAUGAGAGAAUUAGAUUGAUGGGUUUGGAAUUAGAUGUGUUUGUGGGGAGUUCUUUGAUUAAAUUUUAUGCUGAGAAUGGUUGUAUUUAUGAUGCUAGACAAGUGUUUGAUAAAAUGCUUGAAAGAGAUAGUGUGUUAUGGAAUGUUAUGAUUAAUGGUUAUGUUAGAAAUUGUGAUACAAAAAGAUGUGUUGAGAUUUUCUUGAGAAUGAGAGAGAGUAAUGUGAAGCCUAAUUCAGUUACUUAUGCUUGUGUUUUGUCUGUUUGUGGUGGAUCAGAAGAGUUGAUUUGUUUUGGGGUUCAGAUUCAUGGGCUUGUUUUUUCAUGUGGGUUGGAAUUGGAUUCUCCUGUUGCUAACACAUUGUUGGCUAUGUAUUCGAAAUCUCAACGUUUGUUUGAGGCUUGUAAAGUGUUUAAUUUGAUGCCUCAAACUGAUUUAGUAACUUGGAAUGGAAUGAUAUCUGGUUAUGUACAGAAUGGUUUCAUGGUUGAAGCUUCGAAUUGUUUUCGAGAUAUGGUAUCUGCUCGUAUCGAGCCUGACUCGGUUACUUUCGCGAGUUUUCUUCCAUGUGUAACUGAAUCUGGUCAUCUUAAACAAGGUAAGGAAAUUCAUUGCUAUAUCAUAAGACAUGGUGUGUCAAUAGAUGUGUUCUUGAAAGGUGCACUUAUUGAUUUAUACUUCAAGUGCAGAAAUGUGGAAAUGGCUUGUAAGAUUCUUGACCAAAGUAAUGCAGUGGAUGUCAUUGUUUUUACAUCAAUGAUUUCAGGGUUUGUCCUUAAUGGUAUGAAUUGUAAUGCUUUGGAGAUUUUCAGGCGAUUACUUCGAGUGAAAAUGAGACCGAAUUCAGUUACUUUGGCGAGUAUUUUUCCUGCUUUUUCAGGUAUGACUGCUUUGAAAUUGGGAAAGGAAUUGCAUGGUAACACCAUUAAAAUGGGGCUUGACAAGUUAUGCUAUGUGGGAAGUUCAAUCACAGACAUGUAUGCAAAAUGUGGAAGAUUGGAUCUUGCCCGUCGAGUAUUUCAAAGAAUGCCCGAAAGGGAUGCUAUUUGUUGGAACUCGAUGAUUACCAAUUGUUCUCAGAAUGGCAAACCAGAGGAAGCCAUUGAUUUGUUUCGUCGAAUGGGGUUAGAAGGAAUCAAGUAUGAUUGCGUGAGUAUAUCGACUGCUCUUUCGAGCUGUGCAAACUUACCAGCUCUCCAUUAUGGGAAAGAAAUCCAUGGUUUCAUGAUUAGAAGAAGAGCAUUCAGCUCUGAUAUUUUCUCUGGAAGUGCUCUGAUAGACAUGUAUGCAAAAUGUGGAAACUUGUAUGUUGCUCGUCGGGUAUUUAACGAAAUGGAAAGCAAGAAUGAAGUUUCAUGGAACAGCAUAAUUGCUGCUUAUGGAAACCAUGGUCACCUUGAGGAAUCCCUCAUACUAUUUCAUGACAUGUUAGAGAAACAAAUCGCCCCUGAUCAUGUCACAUUCCUCGGUAUAAUUUCAGCCUGCGGCCAUGCUGGUAGAAUCGACGAUGGGAUUCACUUUUUUCGUCUAAUGACCGAGAGCUAUCAAAUCCCAGCUAGAAUGGAGCAUUAUGCAUGCAUGGUUGAUUUGUUUGGGCGUGCUGGAAGGUUAACCGAAGCAUUCGAGACAAUAAAAAACAUGCCCUUUUCACCCGAGGCAAGCGUUUGGGGAACAUUACUUGGAGCUUGUCGAGUUCAUGGCAACGUUGAACUCGCUGAAGAGGCAUCGAAACAUCUUCUCGAAUUAGACCCUUACAAUUCCGGCUACUACAUUUUGCUUUCGAACAUUCAUGCUGGCGUCGGAGACUGGAGAAGCGUGCUUAAGAUACGAAAUUUGAUGAAAGAAAGAGGAGUACAGAAGGUGCCUGGAUAUAGCUGGAUUGAUAUCAACAACAUAAGUCAUAUGUUUGUUGCAGGAGAUGGAAGUCAUCCUGAUUCAGUUGAGAUAUAUUCAUUGCUUAAUAACCUUCUUGAAGAGCUGAGGAAAGAGGGUUAUGUUCCUCAACUUUACCUACCAAUGCAUCCACAAACAUUAGGGAUAUGAAUCUUUGAAGAACAGUUUCACCAUCUUUAACCUUCUGAGAAUUUUUACCACCUGAACUAUGACACUUACAGGGUUUUGCCUUUUUGUAAAAUGUUCUCAUAAAAAUAUGAAAAUAACUGCAAAUUCGGUUGUAUUUUGUUCAUUUUUUCAAAUAGUUCAAUCAUGUUAUACAUCAAAUGCAAAAA